CAAUUUUGAAGUCACAGAAGAAACAUGGCGGCCUGCACACGACUGUCCUUGCUGUUCCCAAAGAGCUUGCCUGCUUUUAGAAACAAAAAGCUCGUCCACACGGAAGCAGCGCUCAGUGAGACAGUCUACCCCCCAAACGUCGCUUCUCUCACGGCUAAAAGCAAAUCUGCGCGCCGGCGACAGGUUGAGGAGCAAGUGAAGAAGAUCACCGCCUCCACAGUGCAGGAGAAACUCUCCCUCCUCACUCGCAUCCAGCGUAAGAAAUUUGUCGUUUACCCUCAGACUUUUGCACGCAACGCAGACAAAUGGUACCAGCACUUUACCAAAACCGCAUUUAUCCCGGGUCUGCCCGAGAAGUUUAUCCUAACCCCGGAGGAGACUGCGGGGGAGGACAGCUCGGGGUCAGCCGCAGGUCAGACCUCGGUGCCGGGGAUUGGAGAUGAUGUGUUCGCGGACAUCCGCACCUUGGUGACCCGGGUGAUUUUACAGGAGCACUGGCACUUAAAGAAGCGCAGACCUUUCCUGUACAGACAGCAGGAGCAGGUGGUUGGACCUGUUCUGAGAAGCCUUGCGAGUGGACUCACCUACAGCCUGGUCAAAUACAACCCCCUGUUACUCCUCUCCAGUCUGGAUAUUGAUCCAAAGGUACACUUUUACUGGAGGAGAGGAGAGAGAAUCAUACCUAAAGGGCACAGAAAAGGCCGACUAGAGCCAACCAGGUUCCAAAUUGAUGACCAACCAAACACUCAGAUUAGGAUUACUCAGCAGCUUCCACAGUUUGUCCCACUGGAGGCGUCUUACACGGCUGAAGUUCCAGAGGUCACAUUAGCUCCUAACGUGAUGCCUCUGUUCAGGAGACAGUACGACAACAAUAUAUUUACAGGUUCCAAGCUGCCAGAUCCGGCAUGCUACGGUCACACCCAGUUCCACCUGGUACCAGACCGGUACCACAGAGACCGGAUGGCGAGACAGAAGCAGUCUGAUCAGGUGGAGGUCUUUCUCAGAGCCAAUGGACUCGCCAGCCUCUUUGCCUGGACCGGAGCUCAGGCCAUGUACCAGGGUUUCUGGAACAACGAGGACGUCACCAGGCCCUUCGUGUCGCAGGCUGUGAUCACCGAUGGACAGUUCUUCUCCUUCUUCUGCUACCAGCUGAACACAUUGGCCCUCUCUGUGGAGGCCGACACUAACAACCCCAGGAAAAACCUUCUGUGGGGCACCGAGAGCCUGCGACUGUAUGAGAGUGUGCAGGACGGAGAGGUGGUGGGACUGAACGACGGCGUCAUAAAACUUCUCAUUCAGUUCCUGAUGAAUCAGCCGUAGGCGUUUAUCAGAUUUCCUGUCUUUUCUUCUUGCCUUCGAGUCGGGUGUUCUCCAAGGAAUUUACAGAUGCUGGAAAUAAAAGAAAGGAGAGGAGAACUGUCAAAAUGUAAAGUAUGUAAUGUUCAUAAAAGCAGUUCGAUCUGUGUUAAGCAAUGUACGACUGAACAAUGAACCAGAAAAUAGUGCUGACAUAUGCUCACAGUGCAGAUUAUAAUGAUGCAUAAAUAAAAUAAUGCUUUUCAAAUAAAGAA